AUGUCUAAAGACAAGAACCCAAAAAAUCCAAAAGUGACGUCACUUAACCAAGUCCAGAACAGUUCUUGCGGUUAUCUUCUUCCGAAAUUAACUGAGGAGAUCGUAGCGAAGGACAAAUACAAAUGGAAGGAUACGCCAAAAGCUAUGUUAAGGAAUAUGAGAAGAGUCGGGGAUUGUACAAAUGAAGAAACGGAUGAUGGUUUAGGAGAUGAUGAAGAUGAAAAUCCGCUUCAUCUAACAAAAUAUGAAAGAUUUUUAUUGCGUUACAACUACUGCAUUCACAACUCUGUCGACACUGCCUACAUAACUCCCCUGAGUAACGAGGUCAUUGACAGGAUAAUGACAGAGUACAAUGACCUGAUUCAGUGCAUCUUGGGUCAGGUCAAGAAUGAUUACAUCGUCAGCAUGAAAAAAACAACAAUUGAUUUUGUCCUGGAUGAGUCAUCUCCCACUCCUGGCCGAGUGUACAGUCUGCCCAUCAAGUUGGGUCAGUUCCCCGAGUCCUGGCGGUUCGGCUUCAAGAAAAACAGGUCGAGGUUGAGGUUACUGCUGCACUGCACCAAUCCCUGCCUGGCGCACAUCCACAUGCUCUGGCAGAAAUCAUACAGAGACUUCAUGCUGAUAAACACGAAGGCGUUCACAAAACUGGACAGUGCCCUCGAACUGCCCGACUACCACCUCAUGUGCCUCGAUAACUUCAGCAUCAAUAUCAGGAAACUGCUCGACGAAUGGUACUGCCAAGUGUUGAACAUAAUAUGCGAGGCAAACGCGAACAAGCUGGUGCCCAGCAGGGAGCAGACCCUGAGGAAGAAGCAUUUCUACAGCUGCGUUGAUACGCUCAUGGCGCUCCAGCUGCAACAACUUAUCAUUAACUCGCUCAGCAGCUACACCAAGAUGCUCUCUGAACCUCAUAGUUCAGUAUCAGACUGCAGCCUGCCCGGCUUCAUUGUUCGAUUCAUUUGCGACAAGACCUCCAUCGGGCUUGAGCCCACUUGGAAGGACUUCGAGGUCGUCAUCAUCUACAUGCUGGACAUCAUCCUCAAGGCGGCCAAAAUAUUUCCCAAAGUUGAGGGGUUGCUCUAUAAUUCUGGGCUGGAGAAGAACAAACUGGUUAUCGAAGACUUUCUGCGGCUGACUAUCUUUGAUGAUUUUGUCGAAGAAUGCAAGCAGAAGGUUCUUGACAUGUUGGAAAGGGAAAGAUUGUCAGUCCUGGAGCACGCUGAGAUAUUUGAUGAGUAUCAAUCUGUUAUCACUGAACAGUUCAUUCAUUUGUUCGUUCAUCCGUCUUUCAUUUUUUCUUUGACCAUUGAACUGAAGGCGGACAAAGAGAUAGCCCAUUUUCUGUCACGUGACAACCUGACCUUCGAUAUGAUUGGCGAGGAAGUUUUGAGGUAUGAAAAAAUUUGCCACAAGGUGUCCGCCGCUGUGCCACCUGUAAUAUUCUCCGGGAUGUUUGAAAUACACUGUGAAGUGUUGACGAGGAACCUCGUGAAGAGGACUGAAGGACUGAUUGGUCUGCUACUCAAUGAAAUGAUAUCGAGUCACAACAGAGCCAAUAAGAUGUCCGACACUGUUGUAGAGCUGAUGGAGCUGAUUGAUUACGUCAGCGUUGUCAAGGAGAAGUUGGCAGUCGAACUUCAGGAUAAGUUGCAGGCCAGCCACAUACAACUGCUCUUCCUGCUGGAUCACGGCAUCAUCACAGUUGACGAUAUGAAGCUGAAUGUUGAGACAUUCCUGUGGAAGAACAAGUUGGAAUUGAGCCUUAGUCAGUGUCAGCAGGUCAUAGAGAAGACAAAGAAAGAACUGCAGGCUGCUAUCAUGACGAAAAGAACAAACCUGAAAAAUCGCUUGGAGAUGCUGGAGUAUGAGAUCGGCCAGUUGAAGUUCAUCGAGAACCUCGAUCGAUUCAACACGUACUGGGAGACCGUUAGCAAACUCAACCUCGCUACCCAGGAGAUUAAUAAUGAAAUCGAAGCUCUGUGGAUCGAGGAAACUGCUUACGGCUGGCCCAACACACCCAUGCCCCUUAAAACACAGGUCAUCAACAACUUGAAACCAUACCUCCAAUUUUUUGAGCUCAUCGAUGGCUUCAAUAAGAAACAAGAGUAG